GCGCCGCCGCCAUGGCUGCUGCGCUCCGUUCUGGCGCCUCCUCUCCCCUGGCCCCGCUCUCGCUGCUCGGCUGCUGCCUGCUCUUGUGCGGGCUCCCCGCGCGGGCCGGCGACCCGAAGGACGGAAAGGCUGAAGCGGCGGGAGGCGACGAGGCGGACCCCCACGCGCGCCACCUCUACGACGCCGAGAUGCUGAAGCACGGCGUCCGCAUCGCCCCGCACUUCGUCAUGUUCUUCGCCCCGUGGUGUGGACAUUGUCAGCGUCUGCAGCCAACUUGGAACGAACUUGGAGACAAGUACAACAAUCUGGAAGAUUCACAUGUUUAUGUUGUGAAAGUGGAUUGCACUAAGGAUGCUCCACUGUGUUCUGAAUUUGGUGUCAGAGGAUACCCAACUCUAAAAUUAUUUAGACCAGACCGAGAAACACUGAAGUAUCAAGGAGGUAGAGACUUUCAGUCACUGGAAAACUGGAUGUUGAAGAAUCUAAACGAGGAAUCUGUUAAGCAAGAAUCUGAAUCAGAGCCUCCAAAAGACCCAGAAUCAAAGCACGGAUUGUACGAGCUCUCAACAGCUAAUUUCAAAACACAUAUAGCAGAAGGCAGUCACUUUAUCAAAUUCUUUGCCCCGUGGUGUGGCCACUGCAAGGCAUUGGCUCCAACAUGGGAGCAGCUGGCUCUGUUCCUUGAAAAUUCUGAGACUGUCAAGAUUGGCAAGGUGGACUGCACGCAAAAUUCUGAAAUCUGCACGACAUACCAAGUGCGAGGCUAUCCAACCCUUCUUUGGUUCAAAGAUGGAGAAAAGGCUGACCAGUACAAAGGAAAGAGAGACUUGGAUUCCUUGAAGGAAUAUGUGGAUUCCCAGCUGAAAGAUCCCGAAGAAGAUUCAGGUGAUGCGAAGCCUACUGAGGCACCACUACCCCGAGAAAUAAUUCCUGAGGGAGAGGCCAAGGUCCUUUCUCUCUCUGAAGAUGACUUUGAGAAAGAGGUUUCCAAAGGGAUCACCUUCAUCAAAUUCUAUGCUCCAUGGUGUGGUCACUGUAAAAACCUGGCUCCCACCUGGGAGAACCUCUCAAAAAAGACUUUUCCAAGCCGAAUGGAUGUCAAGAUAGCAGAAGUAGAUUGCACCAUCGAACGCAAUGUCUGUAACAAAUACUCUGUGCGUGGCUACCCGACACUGAUGCUUUUCCGUGGUGGGGAGAAAGUGAGCGAACACACCGGAGCAAGAGAUCUUGAAACACUGCAUAACUUUGUUUUGCGGCAGGCAAGGGAUGAACUGUAAAAUGUACCUGCUUGGAUACCGCUGCCCUUGGCUGUGUCUGCCCAGUAAACAUGGGAGUUGAAUCAUGGUAAUGUUACCAGUUUUCCAGUAGUGGUUAUUGGGAAACUGAAUGUACUAAAGCGUGGUUAUCUUCUGAGCAUGUGUGUGUGUUUCCUACAGCCCUGCUGCGCUGGCUUUGAGGAAGGCUUGUAACAAGUAGUCACUUGUUCAGAUUGAGAAUAUUUUCAGUAUCGGUUUGCAUUAAUGAACUUCCUGUGUUGAAAAAAGUAAAUUGUCUCUUUGAGACAAAAAUAAGUGAGGAAAGGUUAAAAUGAAAGGUGGUGGAUUAUUUUCAUUUGUGGGUGAAUCCAGUUUGAAAACUUGCAUUCAUGCAGCUCACAAAAUUGCACAUCGUAACUUCGAUUGUACAGGUAAAUUGGUACCCUUUAAUGCAUCUCAUUCAGUUGCAUAUUCAGAAAGGAAGUUUAAAAAGGAAACACACACACACCCUUUAGGAAGAUAUUCCUGUUCAAUUUGGGCUGCUUGAUUUCUCUCGUCAGGAGAGACUGGCAAGGAAACAUAAUGGUACUCAACUGAAUCAUGCCAUUUGUUAGGUAGUUUUCAUCAAGUUCAAAAGCUGUGAGUCCCUUUUAGUCAUUUGCAAAACAGUUUGGCUCCCUUCAUGUAUAAUCAGCAUUCUUUUAGCUGAUCAAAUAACAAUGCCAAGAUCUGAAUUUUUUUUUUAAAAAAAAAAAUCCCUGCUUGGAAUCAUAAGCCAGAAUCGAGAGUUUUUAGAGGUACAUCAGAAUCCAUGGCUUUAUUAUUCUCGAUUGAGCAAAACGAAGAGCUCAUGACAAGCCUUCUGUUGUCUUAAAGAUUAUUCAGGUACUGUGAUGGAAUCAGUGCAAUCAGACUUCUCUGCAGAAUCUUUCCACUUUUCAUUUAGAACACAUUCUCACUUGUUUCUCAUGUUUCAGUUUAGGAUGCUUUCCCUACUAGAAUGGGCUUCUAUGGUUUUCCCACUGCUGGGGGGGCCUGCUGAAAAGUGUAGCAGCCACAUGGCAGAUUUCCCUGCCUGAUUCCCCAGCAAGGCCACCACCCCUCCCCUGGACUACCACUUUUGCAAGGGAAAAAAAAUUAAAAAUAAGCACUAGAAUAUUGUCGUAUUGAUACAACAUUAUUACAAUACGUGUACUAUCAGCUUCAUUUCUUUAAAGCAAGUCUUUCAUUUCAGAGAUGCUUUUACACUAAUGUCUCUGCAACAGAACAUAUGAAGCUGCCUUAUACUGAAUCAGACCCUUGGUCCAUCAAAGUCAGUUUUGUCUACUCAGACUGGCAGCAACUCUCCAGGGUCUCAGGCUGAGGUUUUUCACACCUAUUUGCCUGGACCCUUUAUAGCUGGAGAUGCCAGGGAUUGAACCUGGGACCUUCUGCUUCCCAAGCAGAUGCUCUACCAUUGAGACACUGUCUCUCCCCAAAGAAGAAAUUUGAGACUUACUUUCUUCUUUCAAUGAAAACUGGGAAUUUAGAGAACCUGGUAAACAUAUUGGUGUGUUGUUAUAUUGUAUAAAUUAUAUUCUAGAGCUGAUUUUUUAAAAAGAAAAAUUAAAAGUUAGCAAGGGGAGGAAAUGGCUGCUGCGGGGAUAGGGUUAGGGGGAAUGGCUGCCACAUGGGUGAGAAGCUCUGAAUUUUCUCACCUACAUUAGUAGCCGCUGAGGUUCUACUGCAGUCUUUCUAAAACUUCAGAGCAAAUCUGGUUUAAGAAAGAUUGGAGAAAAGCUGGGAAAACCCCAGGAGGGUGUACGAAUGGACCAUGAUGCUGUGUGAAAGCGGGGAGAGGGAACCCACUCCCCCAUACCAUUGAACAUGAGGCAGAUAACCUAUGCAGAAAUGGCCUAGGACAUAAUGAAAGUAUUCCGUGUAAGAGACAGAUUCAAAGCCAAAGAAUCUCAAGUGCAGGUACUCAUAAAAAGUAAACCAGCAAACUAGUUUCCAUAACUUAAUUCUAGUUGUUUCAUGAACAUAUAUCGUCAUUUUGGGAAGGAGUUGCAAUUUGUUUGCAUACAGACACUUAUGUGUAGAAAGAUGCUAUUACUAUGGGUACAUUCACACUGCACUAAAUAACGUGUUUUGCGACUGGAUUUUUGCUGUUCUUACAAGUAAAAAUCCAGUUACGAAAUACAUUAUUUAGUGUCAUGUGAAUGCACUGUGUUUCUGUCUCAGGUGGGAUGAUACAACUUUCACUAGCCAUGUCUACAUUUUACUUGUUUGUACUGUAGUGCAUUCUUUCCGAGGCCCAGGUCCUGCACAAUUUUUUUAAGAGUGAAAGCUGGACAUAUGGCAGAUGCAUCAGAUCACCCUGUAGAUUUGUAGAUUUCUGCCUUAAAGGGAGCCUUUAUUCAUGACGGCUUUUUUUUUUAAACCUUCUAAUGAAGCACAGUUUCGUGAGCACGCUGAGAUGUGACCCAUGAGUUUCUUGUACAAAAUCAAGUGGUACAAUUGUUUACACACAUACUUUCUGAAUAAAAUCUUUUUUUU